CCAUACAUACACCGUAAUAAAUCACACGUGAAAGCAUCAUCAUGCCUACUCCAACAUAUCUCAUAUCUAGAGUUGGUGAUCCAAUCUUUGCCAUAUUUAUUGGAGUAGGGGCAACGGUGACCCGUAUCAAUAGGGAAGAAAAGGAGCAAGGACGCACCACUCAGCAAACAAUCGAUUCUGCAUUCAGAAGAAUCGGCUUUCCUCGUUCGAAUGAUCCUUUGGCGAAGAAGAAUUAA